UGUUAUUUCAUUACUCCAUGUCAUGUGGCGAGCACGUCGACCCAGCAAACCACAUGAAUGAAUGUAGGCUUGCCAAGUGAAAAUAGUUUUGUGGGCUUUCUUGUCGUCUUUUUGUCCGGGUUUCCCCAUGCCUAAGAACAAGGGUGGUGGUGGGGGAUCAGGAGGGGCCAAAGGCGGCGGAGGUGGUGCCAAAGGGAAAGGGGGCAAAGGGAAACCAGGCGGUGCUGCAGCAGCCGAUGACGAUGGAGGGGGAAAGCAAAAGAAGGGAGGGACAGCAGUCAAGGUGAGGCACAUUCUUUGUGAGAAGCACUCUAAAUGCAUGGAGGCAAUGGAGAAACUGCAGUCUGGUGUGCGGUUCAAUGUGGUGGCAGAACAGUACAGUGAAGACAAGGCAAGACAAGGGGGGGACCUCGGUUGGAUGACCAGGGGCUCAAUGGUCGGACCAUUUCAGGAUGCGGCAUUCGCUCUAGCCACUAGCACAACGGAUAAACCUAUUUACACAAAUCCUCCUGUCAAGACGAAAUUUGGUUAUCACAUCAUCAUGAUUGAGGGAAAGAAAUGACAGAAACAAGUAAUAAUUUCAAAUGUGUAUUUUAACUCCAUUGCCUUAAUUUCCAUCAUUGGUCGUGCAUAUACCUGUAUGUGUACAUGUAUAUAUUCACAAAACUGAUUUCAGACAUCAUAUUCACAUUAUAUACAUGUAUACUAUUUCUUUUAAUGCUUGCAAAUUUUAUAAUAUUUGUAAACCGUGCACCAUGGAAGCCUACAAGACAAUGUCUUAUGUUCAGUGGCCAUCAGGCUGAGGAAACAUUGACAUUUGAUAAAACGGUACAGUUUUCCGCAUGAAUUCGUGUAUACAUGUAAGUUACAGUUCCACAAGUGGGAUUUUUUGUUAUCACCGCUAGAAACGCGUAGAGUUCCCUCAUCAAACAUCCAUAAGAACACAACUACAUGUAAUAAACAAUCAAAGGUGGCUGUCGUAUGAAUUGCCACCAUAAAAUAUGCAGUUAUUCUAAUCAACAGUGCAAUUUACCAAUACUGUACUACCAAUAUGAUGUGCAUGUUUGUGUAAUAAUACAUGUAUAUGCGUGGCCAGGUCGACAUCCGACCCCAACUUUGUUUCACUGCACGUAUAUGUAGGCCUACAUGUACAUUUUAAUUUAACUCUUUAAAUAGAGUCCUUAAACUAAAGCACAGUGAAUGACACUUUAAUAAUGGACACCUGAAGAAGAAUGUCAGUGCAUUUCGUGCGGGUUUAUACAUCGUACAUAGUGGUCGACUUUCAGCACGGACAGUGGCGGGAAAUAAAUUCGGAAUGGAGUGCUUUUAGAUUCUGUGCGCCUAGAAAUUCAUUUACUGCAUUAUUAAAAAUGACCAUAACUUCAGUCAAGUGUACUAAAUAAGGUUCUCUUUUUAAUAAAAGUGCAGUUAAUGACAAAAAUUAAAUGGGCGUGGCCUGUUCUUUGAGCCAAGUUUUUCUCUUCACUUCAAACGGUUUCGUUGUUUUCAUUCCUAAAGUUUUUUCCCCGCAUUCUUUUUGUUUUGGGGCGGAGUCCUCCACAUGUUUUGGCUGAAAUAUUUUUUGGUCAGGUGUGGUUCCUUAUUUUCGUGAAGGUAAUACAUGUACACGUAUUUUUACUGACCAUUUACUUACUUUGUAUUUAGUUUGCCUGAUGUCUAUUUUCUUAGACAAAUGUGUCACAUUGAUGAAAAUCUAGGCGGUGGGGAGGCAUUCAUUGGCCAUUUAGGCUCUUUGAACAUGGCUGCCUUAAUCGUCUCUGACUUUUUGAAAUAGAUUUUUAAUGUACGUUGAGUCACAUGGUAAUUAUUCUACCAUUUGCCAGCAGAAUUCAAUUGCUCACUCAUGCGUUCAUUCAAAAUACUAUUAUUAACUUUUUUGAUACUCACUUUAUAAACAAUUGUCAAGAAACUUGGCUGACAUGUACAUGUACCAAACAAUAGAAUUCAUUAUUGGACUACAGAGGAUAUGUGUGUGUUUUGAUUCACAUAGUUCCCUUUUUGACCCUUAUCCAUGCAAAUGGGUAAAAUCAUAUCAAAAGCGGGUUACAGUGUUUCCGAUGUUAAUCAGAUUAAAACACGACUGGAAAAGGGUAAAUCAGCAACAUACCUUGAUUAGACAUAAUUAUAAUUUGUAGAUUGGCAGAUUCUCAUUGAACCUCCUAAAGCAACCUUGAAGCAUAGUUAUAGUUCGUCGAAGUAAAGAUUUUGAUUUUAAAGGUUGUUCUAUAUGCCUAAAUCCUCACCUAAAACAGCUAGAAAUCAUAAUAAACAACAACAAUUUUCUUAAGCUGAGCUCUUUUCAUUUUUUGUCAAAUUUCCGUGGCAACGUAUUGCCACGGAAACAUAAAUAUGUGUACAUAAAUAUCAGCUAUUAAGGUCAGAUAUUCUCCCCUUGCUCUCUCGGCACAGCCCACAGAGGGCGCUAAAUUGUGACUUUGUCCGCGCUUACUCCCUUUCGUAUCUGUAGGAUGAUCAAUAAAAACUGGAGAGUCUCCUGCAACUGUCAAGUAGGCCUAUGACGAAGGAUCUUA